AUGAAUGACCAUGAGAUUGUUUUCACUCAUGCCGAUUUGUCACCGCGUAAUAUCCUCGUCGAAGGAGGCCGGGUCACAGCUAUUCUUGACUGGGAAUAUGCCGGCUGGUACCCGGAACACUGGGAAUACAUCCAGGCGCUUCGGCAACUGAAACCGAUGCCCGACUGGCCAGAAUACUUGUCACGUAUUCUUCCUCCCCGUUACGAGAGAGAAUACAUAGCUCGUCUUUUACGCCAUUAG